CAGAGAGAGGAAGGCACAUCUAGAAAUCAUAUCAACGGGUAGUCUUAACUUUCCCUGGGGCCCCCAUCCUUUUGAAGCGAAAGCUUUUGACGCACAUUAACUAGAUUAAAGUAGCCUGUACUUUUUGUUUGUUCUACCGGUAAAAAUCAAGAUAAGAUCGUCGAUGAUUUUUUUUUGUUUGUUUGUUGUUAAACUGGAUAUUCAAACACUGGUAUGGUGGCGCGCGCUUUGAGGUGUUUCUUUUUCGGUUCUGUGUGACUUCCUGGUGCUACAGAGAGAGGCAGUGCUGAGUUAAAAAGACAGAAACACAAACAGCAUUUUAGAAAGGAAAAAUAGAGAGUGGGAAGCAGGAGCGAGAGAGAGGAGCAGUUGGCUGGCUUCCAGAUUCAGCCCCGCUCCACUCUUUGCAUAUUUAUGAAAUUAAUGUAUAUUUUUAUUCUAUUUAUGAUGCACAUAUUUAUUAGAAUCGACUGAAUCUACUGGAUUGGGUUUGACAAGGGGUUAAAACGAAAUUGUAACGGGAAGGUUUUUCUCUGAGCGACGGAGAAGUGGCGCACGGAUUUAUCGCCCCAUUUGUUCUCAUUUUAUAUUGAAAGAAGGAUUUACAUUAGCUGUUAUUUUAUACUUUCUGUUUACGAGAAGAGGUCAGCGGAAGAUGGGUUGUUUGGGCAACAGCAAGACUGAAGAUCAACGCAUCGAUGAAAAGGCACAAAGAGAAGCGAAUAAAAAAAUAGAGAAACAAUUACAAAAGGAAAGACAAGCAUAUAAAGCCACACAUCGACUGCUUUUAUUGGGGGCUGGAGAGUCUGGGAAAAGCACGAUUGUCAAGCAGAUGCGGAUUCUGCACGUCAAUGGCUUUAACGCAGAAGAAAAGAAACAGAAGGUCCUGGACAUCCGGAAAAAUGUGAAGGAUGCCAUUGUGACGGUAGUUUCGGCGAUGAGCACGUUAAUACCCCCAGUUCCAAUAGGUAACCCAGCGAACGAGUCCAGAAUUGACUACAUCAAAAGUAUAGCACCUCUCUCGGACUUCGACUACACAGAGGAGUUCUUCGAGCAUGCCAAGCAGCUGUGGGACGAUGAAGGCGUGAAGGCUUGCUUCGAGCGCUCCAACGAGUACCAGCUCAUCGACUGCGCACAGUACUUCUUGAACAAAAUUGAGUCUGUGAGGUCGAAUGACUACACACCAACAGAUCAGGACUUGCUUCGCUGCCGAGUUUUGACUUCAGGUAUUUUUGAAACAAGAUUUCAAGUCGACAAAGUGAACUUUCAUAUGUUUGAUGUAGGCGGCCAGAGAGACGAGAGGAGAAAGUGGAUCCAGUGCUUUAACGGUGAGUUUGGAUUCUGUACUUAUUUUUUUGUAAAUGAGUAUAACAUGGUCAUAAGAAACAACAGCAAUCAGACUCUCUGUCCUCUGGAAUCACUGGAUCUCUUCAAGAGCAUCUGGAAUAACAGGUUUCUACGGACCAUUUCAGUCAUCCUGUUCUUGAACAAGCAGGACAUGUUGGCUGACAAGAUCUUAGCAGGGAAAUCCAAACUUGAGGACUACUUCCCUGAGUAUGUUCGCUAUGCAGUACCAGCUGAAGCCGUUCCAGACCCUGGAGAGGACCCUAAAGUGACCCGGGCCAAAUUUUUCAUCCGAGAUGAGUUCCUUAGGAUCAGCACGGCGAGCGGCGAUGGCAAACACUACUGCUACCCCCACUUCACCUGCGCCGUAGACACGGAGAACAUCCGCCGCGUCUUCAACGACUGCCGAGACAUCAUCCAGAGGAUGCACCUGCGUCAAUACGAACUCUUGUGAUUGGUUGCAGCCCACCAUCCAGUCAGCACUCUGCCAAUCCCGGCGCAGUUUGAUUCCACUCCCAAAACACAAGGCCCUGUUACCAGGAGAACUACUGAAGCAUCACAAUGCUGUCAUUUUGUUUGCCAUUGUUGCUGUUUUCUAUGUACUUUUCUCCUUCCUUUGUUCUUUUAUCUAUGGCCCAUCUUGACUUUAUUUUGUAGGUCUAAGCAGGGAUGGGACAUUGUGUGUGUGCCUCAUCUUUUAUUUCCAAUGCCUUUAUUCUGUUCAUUCCACUAAGCCUUUUUAGACCUUUUUUUUGUUGUAGUUUUUGUUUGAAACUAGUCUUCUUCUGUCAUUUCUGUUGUUUUGAUCUGGACCAGCUGAAGUUGUUAUGAGGGUGUGUGAGAGUUGAGGGAUCUGAUGGAGUCCUGUGAAUGCUGGCUCCUCCCAACACGUCUCUCUCUCACGUACUUGAUGAAGGGGUGGGCGGCAGAGGUAUCAGGUAACUUAAUGCCGUCAAGGAAGUAUACACAUGAUGUAGCACCGUGAUAUUUAUUACUCUGUCACUUUUUUUGUUUAUUUUGUAUCAUUUUAUUGCAGGAUGAUGGAGAGCGAGGCUUUCAGGCUGUAGAUUUAGCAUAGAGGGGGUGGGGCUUGUGGGAGAAUAGGAGGAUGCUGGGAGUUUGAGUCCUAUGCACCUCUGGCCAUAGGAGCAGCAGCAGCUUUCUGCCACGUGUCUAGAUGGAAAGAGAAAUACCACACUCACUUUGAUUUGCCCACAGACGGUCCUUUUUACUUAGAUCCUCUUGGGCAAGAGUUCUAUCUAUAUAUAUAUAUAUAUAUAUAUAUAUAGAUAGAUUUGUUUUUGUUGAUUAUCUUGUACAGACUGCAAAAUGUAAUGUUAUUUUGUACAACUUUAUUGAGAAAAAAACUACUUGUAGAAGAUCUUUGUGCCUUGAUAA